AUGGAUUCUGACGAAUUUGAACUGGAAGCGAAGUUAAGAUCCCUGAGUCUAAACGAACAAACGGGUACAACAAACAACGAAAGAGAACAUCAAUUGGCUGAGUUGAUUGCGAAUUGCGUUGCCGACGUCGAACCCAGAGACAACCAGCAAGAAGAUGAGAAGAAAGAGAUCACAGAUGAAACCAAAGAGGGCGAGCAGCAACCUACUUCUUUAAUUGUGACGAAUCUCCCCAAUGAAUUGUUUUUCCAACAGGAGCUCAAGACGGAGCUGGAGGCCCUGUUCAGGACUUUUGAUGAAUCAGCCACUUUCCACUACUUGCGUAGUUUUCGCAGGGCAAGGGUAGAUUUCUCUUCCAACGGUAUUGCCACCAAAGCCAGGGUUCACCUACACCAAACACCUUUUGGUGAUAGUGUCAUGAAUUGCUUUUUUGGGCAGCCUCCACUUGUCAACAAGAACUCCCAACAAUUCCUUCAGAUCCCUCCACCUGUCAGACAGUUCCUCAUAUCUCCACCUGCCAGUCCUCCUGUGGGCUGGGCUCCAGCGCCAGAGUCAGGGCCAGUGGUCAACUUUGAUCUUUUAUCUGCCAUCGCUUCACUUGGCCCAGGUGACAAACAUGAGCUGCUACCAGCCACGGAUAAUCAACCUGGAAUAGUUGUUCACAUUUGCGCCGACAUGGAUGGAAUUGGUCCCAAACAACACGUCAUCACGCAGACGCCGUGUCCAAAAAGAAAUUAGUCAUUAUAGUUAAAAAAAAAAAAUCGAAUUUUCAAUUGAAUAUAAUUUAUUGUUGAAUUUAUUUCCCGUAUUGUUUAAAUUAUUGUUUUAAUAACUACCGUUUCCGAUAAAUAAAAAACAUGGUGAACAAUU